CACAGAUGCGAAUCAAAAAAGUCGACUAAAGCAAGAGGAAUAUAGGUGUCCGAGUGCGCUGUAGCGAUGCUGCAAGUGGAAAUGAUCCUAUUCGUGGGUGUGAUUCUGUGGAUGUGUGUAUUUAGUCAAGAGCCCAGCUCAAAGGUGAUGGCUGAUCGAUACGCUGUCUACUGGAACCGAAGCAACCCCAGGUUUCACCGUGGAGACUAUCACAUCGACGUCUGUAUAAACGACUACCUGGACGUCUACUGUCCGCACUAUGAGGACUCGGUCCCUGAGGAGAGAGCGGAGCGUUAUGUGCUCUACAUGGUCAACUACGACGGCUACAGCACGUGUGACCACACGGCCAAGGGCUUCAAGCGCUGGGAGUGCAACCGGCCGCACUCGCCCAACGGCCCGCUCAAGUUCUCCGAGAAGUUCCAGCUCUUCACGCCUUUCUCGCUGGGCUUCGAGUUCAGACCGGGACGAGAGUAUUACUACAUCUCAUCUAUGAUCACAGAAACCGGGAGAAGGUCGUGUCUCAAGCUGAAAGUCUUCGUGAGACCACCGAAUGGCUGCGAGAAAACCAUAGGCGUUCAUGACCGCGUUUUUGUCGAUGACAAAGUAGAAAAUGCAUUAGAACCAAGAGACGACACCAGUCACGAAGCUGAACCGUCCCGGAGCGACGUGUCGACUUCAGGCCUGCGGCACCAAACGUCUCGCCCCCUGCUGGCCCUGCUGCUGCUCUGCAUCUCUGUCUUCUUCACCUUAUAGCCCCUCGAGCG